CACAGGGAGUCAUCGAAUUGCUAUCACUUGGCUCGAAAGGAGCCAUGGCUGUUCUGUGUGGAAAGUAGUCAUGUGCGAUAAGAAAUACGCCAUCCUCUUAUCUAAUGCCGAGCUCUCACGAGGCAUUGUUUGAUCUACGGACUCCGUAAGUCCUCGUUCCACUUUCAAGCCUGUCUUCAAGAAGCAUCAACAAAUUCUAGCUCUUGUCCAUAUUAUUUCCUUUACUCAAGCCAUAAAGCUUUGGUUAUCGCAAGAUGCGUUUCUCAUUCUUAACCACUCUCCUCCCACUUGCCACAGCUUCAAGUCUCCCCACCACCAAAGCAGACCAACAACCACAACACAUCUUUUCGAACCCCUCUUCCUUGCACGAGUCCACCUACCGCAUACCAACCUCCUACGAAUCCGCCGUCCUCGCCCGCAGAAUCCUAGCUCUUACUCCUCUGGGCACACUCUCAACCGUCUUCCCAUCCUCCUCUUCCUCGAACCCCCACGAAUCCGAGAACCGCCCCUCAGGUCUCGGCGGCCUGCCCAUAGGUCUCACAGACUACAUCUCCGACUGCGAAGGGACGGGAGAUCCCACCAUCCUCGCCAUAAACAUAGCAACAUCUUUCAAGAACGCUGCUGCGGGCUCAAACAUCUCGGUCUCGCUACAAUGGGUUCCUCCUUACCCGCCCAAGUCGAGAAUAGGCUCGUUUACUCUUCCUUCGUUAUUUUCGUGGUUUGAGAAAGCAGAUGAGGAUAAGAAAGGAGCUCUGCCGUUUUCUGCAGCGAAUUUACCUAGGUUUAGCUUGCUGGGAUAUUUGGAGAAGAUUGAUGAAGGGGUUAUUCAUAAUUUGGAACUUGCGAAGUGUUUUGUGUCUACGCAUAAGGAUGCCAAGUUCUGGUUGCCCGGGAAUCCGAUUCAUACUAGUGAGUGGGUGAGGCUUGUUGUGCAAGAUGUUUAUUGGAUUGGUGGGUUUGGAGAUAGGGCGUAUAUUGGGUGGAUUCCAGUGGAGGAAUGGAGAAACGUUACUACGAAGGAGUGGGAGAGUGUUAGGCUGCCAGGAGAAAAGAAGGGGUGGAAGGAAUGGUCUGCCGACGCCCAGUGGGAGCUGUAAAUUUCAGAUAGUUGGGGAAAGUGUGCAAAUGCCUGGGAAGUGAAAAUACCUAUAUACGAUCACACUUUGCAUACAUAGUUGAUUCGAUGAAUUAUGCUAUUUAUUUCUCUGGUCAGAGUGGUAUUUUACAAGACAGCAAUUCCCUUUUCGGGAAUCGGAGGAAGCAAGUAAGGCUAAAGAGGUAUUUGGUCCAUAAAAUAGGCAAUGCAAGCUCCUUCACCUCAGCAUCUCCAAUCCCUCCCCGCCAAUUGCGGGGAAGAUGAAGCUUAUGCAACACCCAAUUUUGUACAAAAGCCUGAAUGC